AUGGACAAGCAUCACCAGCAUCUUCUGCUACAGCAUCAUCAACAUCUCCACCAUCACCAGAAGCUCUCGCUUGCUAAAUCUUCCCGGCAAAGCUGUAGUGAAUGGAUCUUUCGAGACGUUCCAAGUGAUAUAGCCAUAGAAGUAAACGGAGGAAACUUUGCUCUGCAUAAGUUCCCUUUAGUCUCUAGAAGUGGAAGAAUCCGUAGAAUCGUUGCAGAACACAGAGAUUCAGAUAUUACCAAAGUGGAGCUUCUCAAUCUCCCAGGAGGAGCAGAGAUAUUCGAAUUAGCAGCUAAGUUCUGCUACGGGAUUAACUUUGAGAUCACUUCAUCAAACGUUGCGCAGCUCUUUUGCGUCUCUGACUACCUCGAGAUGACAGAAGAGUACUCCAAAGACAACUUGGCUUCAAGAACAGAGGAGUAUCUUGAUAGCAUUGUAUGCAAGAACCUUGAGAUGUGUGUUGAAGUCUUGAAACAAUCCGAGAAUCUUCUCCCACUUGCAGACGAACUCAAUAUCAUAAGCAGAUGCAUCGAUGCCAUUGCCUCAAAGGCCUGCGCCGAGCAGAUCGCUUCAAGCUUCUCGCGGCUGGAGUAUAGUAGCUCAGGGAGGCUUCACAUGAGCAGGCAAGCGAAGAGCAGCGAUGGAGGAGAUUGGUGGAUCGAGGAUCUUUCGGUUCUUAGGGUUGAUUUGUAUCAGAGAGUGAUGAAUGCAAUGAAGUGCCGUGGCGUGCGUCCAGAGAGUAUAGGAGCUUCUUUGGUUAGUUACGCUGAGAGAGAGCUGACAAAGAGAUCCGAGACCGGACAUCACGAACAUGAACAAACCAUUGUUGAGACGAUUGUUACUCUUUUGCCUGUAGAAAAGCUCGUAGUUCCCAUAAGGUUUCUCUUCGGGUUACUGAGAAGAGCAGUGAUGCUUGAUGCUUCAGUUUCCUGCAGGCUUGAUCUAGAGAGGAGGAUAGGUUCUCAGCUUGAUAUGGCGACGCUUGACGAUCUCUUGAUACCGUCUUUUCGUCAUGCAGGAGACACCAUGUUCGAAAUUGACACGGUUCACAGAAUCUUGGUGAAUUUCUCACAACAAGGAGGAGAUGAUAGUGAGGAUGAAGAGUCCGUGUUUGAAUGUGACAGUCCAAAUUCGCCUUCACAAAGCGCCAUGUUCAAAGUUGCAAAGCUUGUAGACAGCUAUCUUGCUGAGAUUGCUCCCGAUGCUAAUCUUGACCUUCCCAAAUUCUUGCUCAUUGCAGAAGCCUUACCGCUUCAUGCUCGUACACUUCAUGAUGGCUUAUACCGCGCCACUGAUCUCUAUCUUAAGGCACAUCAAGGGUUAUGUGAUUCAGACAAGAAGAAGCUGUCAAAACUUAUUGAUUUCCAGAAACUCUCACAAGAAGCUGGAGCACACGCUGCACAAAACGAGCGGCUUCCUCUGCAAUCCAUAGUCCAAGUUCUCUACUUUGAGCAACUGAAACUCAGAAGCACCUUGUGCUCUUCUUACUCAGACGAAGAGGCAAAGCCAAAGCAACAGCAGCAUCAACAGUCAUGGAGAAUAAACAGUGGAGCUCUCAGCGCAGCAAUGUCCCCCAAAGACAACUAUGCAUCUCUGAGGAGAGAAAACAGGGAACUGAAACUCGAGUUAGCUAGGUUGAGAAUGAGACUCAACGAUCUAGAGAAGGAGCAUAUCUGUAUGAAGAGAGAUAUGCAGAGGUCUCACUCUCGCAAAUUCAUGAGCAGUUUCUCAAAGAAAUUGGGGAAACUUAGCUUCUUUGCGCAUAGUUCUUCAAGAGGUUCAAGCUCACCAUCAAAGCAGUCUUUCAGAACUGAUUCAAAGGUGAUGGAGAGAACUUGCGCAAGCACGGAUUAG